UUGAGGAAAGAGCGACCACAAAUCUCGCAACGAACACGCACGCAAGUCGUAUCUGCAGGGUUUCUAGUCGGUUCUAACUGGUGUUGUAGUUCUGGUCGGUCAUUCAUCCUUCAGGAAUUAAGAGCACGUGAAAAUAACAUGAAGUGACUAUAACUGUACUUUCUGCCGAGUAAAUUUAAUCAGGGCCUUUGACGCGCCUCCAGAGUGAGCAAUGAAAGCAUCUUUCGGCCAAACUCUCAUCCCACAAGGACUAGUUCUGAUCACUUUGCUGCUGAUUUUCAACGUUGCAAUUCAGACCUCUAGUCUUGCGCCUGCUUUCAACAAGCCUGUGAGCGCCAAGAAAAAAAACACCGCUUCUGAAGUAGAGAGGAACUCCGCCACUCCUGACGUCAGCAAUAUCUCUGCCGUUUCCGAAGUCAGCGGGAUCUCAGGCGGUUCUGACGUCAGUAAGACCUCAGCCGCUUCUGUAAUCAGCAAAAGAUCAGCCAUUUCUGAUGUCAUAAGGAAGUCAGACCCAGUAGCAACCACCAGCCAGGCUGACCCGAGCGACGACCUACACCGAGUGUUCCGAAAGCGCCGAGAACACCUUCUGGAGGGCUGUCGCCGGUUUAACACGAGCAGCGACUUACCUGCUGCAGCGUGGCUCACUUUCCUCACCAUAGAAGCUCCUGGACCUCUUAAAGUGUGUGUUCCGACCAAGGUUGGAUCGACAUCAUGGCAGAAGCUGAGGGAGCGACUCAAGACGGCAAAUGUCUCGGGUCUUCAUCCUAUAACUGCUAUGCAAGUCAGGCAUCCUUUCUCUCGCCUCACCUCGGCAUACAGAGACAAGUACCUCAAUGGAGCCCCUAUAGGAAACUACAACAGCGGCUGGCAGAACCUGACUGGAAGCACCACUGGCUGGGACUUCAAGUGGCUUCAUUACUGGUUUCCGGCACUAGUAACCUCGGGACGCAUUGCACCAACAGCCAGGUACCUGAGGGUGAUUGAGGAGAGCCUCCAGGUAUUUAGGUACAUCAGCAAACGCUUCAAGAUGGAUGGAAAAGCUAUGAUUUUCCCCGACGCCAAGGAGACUGAGUUCGACCCGCACAUCUACCAAAUUGGGACGUACAUGGUCGCGAACGGGAGGCAGGUGGCCAUUGAGGGCGCUGCCAUCGAGGCCUACAAGGGCGUGAUGCUCGACCUGAUAGAGAGGCACCGCAAUGCUUCCUUUACAUUCAACGAAUUCCUUCAGUUUGUCGUCUGGUCCAGUGACAAGGGAGUCAUAGAUCAACACUGGACGCCCUACACGGAUCUUUGCUUCCCUUGUCAGCAGGAUUAUCAGUAUAUCCUUCACUUAGAAGCUGCUUCGGAAGAAUCGAGGGUCUUUCUGAAGGACAUCGGAUACCCAGAUGAAUUUCGACUCACCACCGAACACCGGACAAAAGGACUUACAGAGAAUCUUAACGUCUCGGAUAUUCAGUACUUUAAAGACGUACCACCAAGUCUGUUGGAAAAAGUUAUAAAGAUAUAUGAAAAAGAUUUUGAAUUGUUUGGUUACAGGAAAAGUCUACCCUUGUAA